UAGACGAAUAGCAGGGAGGCCGGAGGCGCUCUCGAGGUUCGUGGGUGUUCUCAGCCCGGAGCUGGAGAGCCUUUUGGGGCCGCGUAUCGGUGACAUUUUUUUCCACCACAGCGGUGCGAAACGGUGGACACGCGAGUGCGUAUCGAGAAUGUUCAACGAGGGAGUGCGCGUCACGUACGCGUCGCCCUGAGUGUGCCGUGUUUCUCGAACUCGAAAGAGAUGCUGCCGUGCAAAGCGACGACAGAGGAGGCGCGUUCGCGAAACUGUCAGGAAGAUCGUCUACGUCGUCGUACGUGAGUCAGUGCGCUCGGUGGAUCGAAGGAAGGCACGCACGUACAAAAUGGCUUCGGGCGACAAUGUGGACGUGAUCGAGGUGGUCGAGACGAGCUUCACGGGCCCGGCACAACCCACGGAGGAUCACCUAAGGCCGGAGCAGUCCGCGAACGAGGACAAUAAAUCUACGGGGGAUAAGGUGACGGCACUUGACAGCUCUGUAAUACAACAUGGCACCGCGGGACCCAAAACCCCUGUGGGGGUGUCGAGAAACAAGUCGGAGCGAGAGAGAAAGAUUGGUCACAGAAGAGUUGGAGUGGGAGGUGAAAUCACGUACAAAAAGAUCCAAACGACACAAAUCAUGGGAUCGAUACAGUUAGGCAUCCAGCAUGCGGUUGGUGGUCUAGCGAGCAAGCCAGAACGCGAUCUGUUGAUGCAAGACUUCAUGACCGUGGAGACGACGAACUUCCCGAGCGAGGGAUCGAAUCACACCCCGGCCCAUCAUUUCUCCGAGUUUAAGUUCAAAAAUUACGCACCCAUUGCAUUUCGCUACUUUCGUGAUCUCUUUGGCAUUCAACCGGACGACUUUUUAAUGUCGAUGUGUAGUGCUCCGUUACGCGAAUUAUCGAAUCCCGGCGCUAGUGGAAGUAUCUUUUAUCUAACAGAUGAUGACGAGUUCAUCAUAAAGACUGUACAACACAAAGAAGGCGAGUUUCUGCAAACGCUUCUACCAGGAUAUUAUAUGAAUCUGAAUCAAAACCCGAGGACGUUGUUGCCAAAGUUCUUCGGGUUGUAUUGCUAUCGGUGUAAUAGUAAGAAUGUUAGAUUAGUCGCUAUGAAUAACCUUUUGCCCUCGUCGGUGAAAUUGCAUCAAAAAUACGACUUGAAAGGGUCAACGUACAAAAGAAAGGCGUCGAAAUCAGAAAGAUCCAAGUCCUCGCCGACGUACAAGGAUUUAGAUUUCAUGGAGCAUCACGCGGAAGGUAUCUUUUUGGAAGCCGACACGUACAGCGCGUUAGUGAAAACGAUUCAAAGAGAUUGUCGGGUAUUGGAGAGCUUCAAAAUCAUGGAUUAUUCUUUGCUCGUUGGUAUUCAUAAUCUGGACCAGGCUGCGAGGGACAAAGCGCAGGAGCAGAGGUUAUCAGCGAGCGCGGAUGAAGAAGUCGCGGAAGUCGGUGGCGAGAGCGCAGGAUUCCUUCAAGCGGAAAGGGAGCGAGAUAGGGAGGACAGGGUGGGAGCGAGCGCUCUGAACCGAUCGCGAAGCAUAAACCGACAAAGGUUGGUCGCCCAUAGUACCGCGAUGGAGAGUAUUCAGGCUGAAAGCGAGCCGAUAGACGAGGAGGACGACGUACCCAGUCCAGGUGGUAUUCCAGCUCGCAACGCACGCGGCGAACGCCUGUUGCUCUUCCUUGGUAUCAUUGAUAUUUUGCAAAGUUACAGGCUCAAGAAAAAACUCGAGCACACGUGGAAGUCGAUGGUACACGAUGGCGACACCGUGUCCGUGCAUCGGCCAGGUUUUUACGCGCAACGUUUUCAAGAUUUCAUGGCCAAGACAGUAUUCAAGAAGAUACCGUCACUGGACCUGCCUGAGAUUAAGGGGAAUCAUCGCAAAUUCCGUAACCUCGUCACCAGCUACAUAGUAUUUGCACCUCCGUUGAAACAUUCCCCGUCGAAGAGGAAAAGCAUCACCAGGCCGCUCAGGCCCCUGGACGGCGACUUCGAUUCUACCGCGGUGCCGACAACCGGAAGUUCGACAAUGCAUGCUACGUCACCCACGAAGGCCGCGACCCCGACAGACCCUGCUAUCAGCACGACCAGCACGAUGAUGUCCUCUGGUUCCGCACCGAUCGCCACCUCCACCCCGGUGAACUUCGCCUCGGGCCCCGUGAGUCCGCCUCCGUUGACCUUGGCCGCUGGUCCAGGUCCACUCCAUCAAGAGCAACCGUUCCAGCCGACCUCGGCGGCCAAGGUCGCGAGCUAUCCGGCCGUCCUGAAGGGCAGAACCGCCGCCAGCCCGCCGAACCCGAAUCUGGUGCCCUCGGGCAAGAUUCCGCCCCCCGUUCCUCCAAGAGGCACAGGUCAAUCGAGGACCAGGUUCUCGGAGGAGCAACGAGGCCCCGGAACCGCCACCUCUACGUCCUCGAUGGCAUCCAGCCGAGGUGGCACCCUUCCUUCCACCUGCUCCACCCCGCCCCCGCCCUUUGACGAUGCAGUGCGCUCGAACGACCAAACCCUGGCUUCCGGUGGUCAACUGCAGCAAGGUGCACCGACCACGAUCUUAACGAGCAGUCUGAGCAGUGCUCAAUCCAAGCAGAACAAGGUCGUGCAUCACGUCACCCUUUCAAAGACUUAUCACGAUGCCGUCAGCAUAUCCGACGUCCACUUGGAGAGCAGCGGUAGCGGAAGCGGAAGCGGAGGAAGGGAAACGAAGUCGUCGUUGAGCGUCGAGAGCGGCAGCAGCAGUCGAGGAGGUGGUGGCCUAACCUGGACACCACCUGCAGGUAGCGCGGAAGGCUCGACGCCCACCUGGACAGAGGGCACUCCGUCCUACACCGAGAGCUCCAGCAGCGGUGAUGCAGGUUGCCCGACGACGCCGAUCAGAGGUAGCCAGCGUCAAGACGACGGAGGAAGGACCGCUGCCACCGUCGAAGAGGCGCUAGCCAGUCUCACUACGGAAAUGAGACGAACGAGCAGCAACGCGAAGGAUCUUGUGCAGCAAAGAACAUCCCUUUCGAUGUACAGACAAGUGAGAACGAGUUUCAAACGCGCCAGUACGAACCACGCGUCGAUCAUGAGGAGCGUGCAAAGAGCAUUGAGCAUUCAACGUCGGGAACCGUAAGCACUCGUCGAGAAAUAGAACUUUUCAAAUCUCUUGGGAUCGACAAUAUUUUCUGUAUAAAUGAAAAUAACAUUUCGAAUUGUAUGGAGGAUCUGUGAUCGCGCGAGAACGUCGAAAGAUAUCUCUUUCGGUACUUGUCGCUUCGCAAAUGAUAUUUUUUAGCGUAAUUUCGACGCGCGGCUUGUUGGAAAAAUUGUUCCCCAACAAAAAAUCGUCAAUUUUGACGCUGCAAAAGUGAAUACUACGAAAUUUUAGUUUAAGCAGCUCCCCGGUGAUCCGAAAACGAAACGUCAACCUCGUAGAAAAUUUUACAUGUUUGUUUUGGCAGUCGAGCGAUUUUGACAACGUUUCUUAUUACCAGAGAAUCGUUUUCUAAAAAUCUUCCGUCUCUUUUGGAUAGAAAACGUAACUACGAUGCCUGUUUAACGACUUUGAACGAACAAUCGGGCGCAAAACUUCGAUCUUAAUCCUCUCGUGUAGAUUAGCCUUGCGUCUAAAUGUCUACUUAACUAACUGCGUAAGACUUAACAAUUUUUUCGUUGCAUCGACGUCGUCGCGUACAAACGUCUUCGAUAAUCGUUCGAAAGCGAAUAAAAGGAAAAACAAAACGCCUCUCGUCGAGGAAAUAUCAAAGCAAUACUACGGUCGUCUCCGCGCGAGUCCCAUUUCCAUGGGAAAUUAGGGAAACGAUGCAUAUUCGCUGAAUGAAACGACCUUCUUCGCGUCAUAUCGUAAUCUCGGUGCAAAACGUGCCAAGGAAUUGGCGAUUAUUCGCGAGUUUCCUUCGUCUUCGUGGCUCUCUGCUUAUUCUUUAGGUUCCAACGAAAACUAUUAUACUCAUCGACGCGGACGAUCCGCAAACGCGCGGUGAAAAUAAAUUUUAAAAGUCACUUUUUUAAACGACGGUAAUUUUGGAGUCUCUCCAUAAUGGCGUCGAUGGGAGAAAAUAUUCCGAAAAGCAAAGUGGAAAUCGAAAAGAAGUUAAUAUUCGUUGGGAGAAUCUCAUUGUGGAGCUGACUAGUCGAAGCAAAAUGAAUUAGCCGUUCAAGGUCACCGUAGGUGCAUUCUCCCACUCUAUUAUUUUAUAUUUAUCGCACAUUAUUUUUUAUCGAAAUAUACAUUAUUACAAUUCAGUAUGAAAUUGUAAAAAAUAUUUAUAAACCCCAACAGUCAAAUAUAGGUUCUUGAACCUUUAAAAAAAUUAUUUCCUUAUUUAUUCGUUUUUACGAACAUGAAAAUGAAUUAGUAGUUUCUAAUGUUAUUCGCGGAGUGGAGGAAGCGACCUUGAUCAGCCGAUUGGGAAUCAACCCGAAAAUAACAGAGAAGCGGGCUUCGUUUUGACACGUUUCUUCCCAUCGUUAGCGCUGCCAAAAUAUUUUUAGACCACGGCAAUUCGAACCUGACGGUUAAAAUUUAUUUUUGCUCGCGCAGGAAACAAAAUGUCCGCGAAAAAAAAUAAAAGGAAGACGAAGGUCUCUCUCCGAACCUCGAUAACACACUAUAGCAGUAGUCACUACAUUUUUUUAUUCGUAUCGAAUUAUAUAUAUACACACAUAUAUAUAUUCAUUUACGUGACGUUACGAAACUAUUAUAAUUUCAAUUAAAGAAUCCGUCGGACGUAAUUUACUCGUGCCUAUUUUUACCUGAAACGGGUUAUUGUCUAAAAGUAUCAACCUUGUAGAACUUCGAAACAGCAGAUUUCUGCUCGACGGAGGGAAAACAUGGAACCAACGUGCCAUUGAAUAAAUUCGGUACGAAGUGCAUGCACAAGUUGGGCUUGCAAGCUUUAUUAAUUAACCCUUUAACCGAACGUGGUCUGCUUCUGCGAAAAUAACAGAUUCGUUGCGCCAACGAAACCGAUAUUUUAGUUUUGAGUACUCGACAGAUGUUUUAUAUUAAAUCCUUAAUAUUGUAACGCUCUCUAAAAGCAACUGACGCGGUUAAAGGGGUAGAAAAGCCGGGAGAACAAACGACACGAUUGGAUCAAGUUUGCUGGACGCGAUAUUCCACGGUUUUAGAGCGUUCGAUAUUGUUCGAUGGAACCGGAGACCUUUCGAUGCUAUUUUUGUCGUUCGGUGGGUGUGGAAUUUUCUUUUUCUAUUUCAGUUGCAUCCGACAGACGAAUCCGUCGAAUUGUCGCGGCACCUGAUCCAUGUCUGUCCGACAGAAUAGUCGUGUAACGAACAAAAUAAAGCUACACGUUGCCAUUUAAUCGAGUAACCGAUCAACCAACAAUCGCCAAAACCGCGAGCGAUCGUUCGACCGUGCUGUUAACGACAGCACUCGCUUAACCGAGAUUUUCGGCAAUACAUAAUACUACGAUUACUACCAUUAUCAUUAUGAUUAAUUACUAUCAUCCAUGAUUAUUGAUAUUAUUUAAAUAAAGCAGUUACUAUUAUUCUUAUGAUUGUUUCUGUUGUCAAAAUUGAGUAGUGCUUGUGGACUGUGGAAAUCUAUUUAUAUUCCGAUCGACGAGAGCAAUUUUUUUGGAGAAACUGAAGAGUACGGUAAAAAUUAUUAUGAAUUAAAAGUAUAGUAGAUGAAUAGAAAAUUGUAUCUGUCGAGGCGUGACAGCUUGAAAGCUACUGGUAGAACAUUCAAUUAAAAAUUGUCAGAGUACAUUGUAUCUAUCAUAUGAGACAAA